GGGAGUACAUGAAACACUUCGUUUGUGCUCCCAAUGAUUGGCGUAGAGAUCUUGUCCUCUUAACUUGAUCGCGACACGAAGCAUGGCGACAACGACGAGCAGGAUGAUGGUCCUGUCCAUGGCACUCAACCCAUGCGUCAUUACUCGUGCUCUCCACAUGCCCAUGCCCAUGUUCUCCUCUGCAUGGACUCGUCCUUCAGCAUCAUCUCUCAGUCAACAGUAUCCAUUUGUCUCAAGACGCCUAUCUACACAACACACCGAACAGGGCGAAGCCCCUUCCCUCUCUCUCUAUGACCGCGGACAGAUCCCUGCACCAGAGACAGUGAAGCAGCUGAAGGCCAAAGGCAUUCGUCCGUACUUCUACUUCAUCGACAUCCACGGCCAGGUCUUUCUUCAAGACACCCGUCCGAAGAACUUCGUCUCCUGCUACAAAGACCCAAAGUUCCUCGAUUUCUUUAUCAAUCGCAUCAAGCCCAAUGCGACAGCACAUUUCCCCGAAUACCCCUGGCUGAGCCCUUGUGGCAAGGAGAUGAACUUCGUCGAAGCUGCUGACACCCCAAUUGUCUUCCACAGCCUGCAGGAAGGUCAAUUGCUCUGGGGAGGCACGUUGCGAACACCGUUCCUGCCUGAUCAACUCAGAGUUUCUAUGUCAACAGGACGCAUCUAUCACCCCUUGUCACGACCCAUAGGGACGAUACAGGAGCCAUCAAUUGGUGUUGGUACGCAGAGGGGAUUCACCUUGGGCCUCUUAAAAUCAUCGAUGGUGCUGAGCGAGCUAGCUGCAAACCUCGACCAGGACUCCCUCCUUUGGCAAGGACAGCGUUGUCAGCUGCACCAUUUGCCAUAGCUCACCUAUUCUGUGGCUGACGUGUGUAUGUCCUCUUAAAAAUAAAUUUGCACUUUUGCACUUUGCCCUCAUCGCC